UUCCCGGGACAAUGGGAAAAGACAGUAGUCUCCGCUCAUCCACCUCCACUCCAUUCCCAGAAGCACUAGUGCUCCCAGUGCCGAGUAGGAUAGGGUGGGAAGAACUUUGCUGAGAUCUAUGGAGGGAUGCUCCAUGGCAUCCUCACGGGGACGACUGUGCUUUGGGGUGAGGGAGAAGCAGGAGGAGGAAAAGGAUGUGGUGUGUGAAGCCUGGCUGUAAGCAGACUUCCCCUUUGUGCCGAAAUUCAUCUGCAAGAGGCAGCUCCCUCGGUGGGGCUGGUGCUGAGCGGGAGAGGCCAGGCUGAUCUGUAAAAAUAGGGGGGGCAGGUUUGCUCCUCUCCAAGUGUUGUCUCUGCCCAGAGCUCCCUGGGACAUUGUCAGGCUGUGGCUUGUAGAUCCCUUGCAAAGGGCAAUGCCAAAAUGUCCCGGAGAAAUGCCCACUUCUGCUGAUGGCAGCACAGGAGCCGAGGCUGGGUCCUGCACCUCCGAAGGGGGAUUUUGGCAUGAGCUUUCCAGUGGGAGUUACGUACCUGUGAAAGUGAGCCCCCUCCAUUGUGACACUGGGUCUCUGCAGCUGUCAGCCUCAGCCCUGGGCAAUGCUGCAAACAUGCCACCGCAUCUUUGUCACCUCUCCUCAGCCCUCCUCCCCAUAGCUCCAUGCUGGGGCCUUGCAAAGGGGGCCUCAGCUGUUGUGUUCUCCUGUACCCACAUCCCCACCUCAAACCAGAGGAGCUCACAGGGAUUUUCCCCUCCCUCCAAGGAUUAAAACCCACCCAAAUCAAGGCAGGUUUCUGCAAGGUUGGUCAGGGUGGUCUCUCUGCCCAGUCCCACACCAGGAAUGUUUCUCCUGAGUACAAUAGCACUGGUAAAAUCAUCCAGUGCCUUCACCUAUUCUUGACACCUUCCUGGCUUGACUGGCUGUGGCAAGCAAGGGCUUUGGGCAAGCUGUUAAAUGAUCACAAGAAAACCUCCAUCUUACCCUCUGACCUGUUGCUGGAAGGGCUUUCAUGUAGCCCAGUCCAGCUCAGCAGCCUGGCCUGGGGGUCUCCAGGCUGGACCUCAAACCCAGAACAGCCUGUCCAUGCUGUGAGCCAGAGCAGCAGCAAGGCAAGGGGAUCUGCUGCUGCUGGAAAUUCUUCCAGCUUUCAUUAGCUCUGCAUGGAGCCGCAGCAUCCUUUCCCACCCCAUUUCUAUGUGCCUGGAAGACACGUGAGUUCCAGGGCAGCUCCCCACACCAUCCCCCAAAAGGCUGCUUCUCUCCAUGCAAGGGCAAGGGGAAGAUCCCAACUUGCAAAGUGGGAUGGGAUGUCCCUGCUCCAGGGAUGCUCCACAUGUGUCAGACCUGGAUGGUGUUCCCAUAGGCAUGUCUGCAGCCACCCCAACCAGAGCUGAUAUGAGCUGAGUCAGGGCUGGCUGCAACCCCUGCUCCUCCCUCUGCUUGCAGCAGCAGUGUUAGGGGAAGAAAUGCAAAAGGUAUUGAGGAGGAGAGCAGAGCCAGAGGCAGCCUGGAGCAGCACUGUGCCCUUCUCUGUUGCCACUGGCCUUUGUGGGCUGAAAGCUGUUUAUUUGCAUCAAACCUGCAGGAACUGAGUUUUUCCAGGAGUUUCUGUCCUUGCUUGCAGUUGUCAAAGGGGUUUGAGUGUGCCAAAGUGCUGGUAUGAUCAUUGUUUCUGCAGGAAAUGGUGUAACACAAGGCUUGUUUUUCUGCCUCCUCUGAGCCUCCCUGCCAAAGCGUAGGGGCUGGAAAGCUUUCCUGGGCAGCAUGCUCCUCCCGGCAUCAUGUCCUCCAGUGGGAAUAGAGGCCUUGAGAUGGGCUUAUUUCAGAGCCAGGAACUGCUGAGGCUGGAGGAGAUACUCCCAGCCUGAGCAGCUGCCUUUGCCCCAUCUCCCUGGGACUGCUGCAUGGUGACCUUAGCAGGCGCCAGUGCAGUAACAUGAGCUCCUGGGAGGAAACCCGUCCGCAUGGGCCACUGGUGCCUGGCCAGGAAGUGCUGCCUGGGCAGCCUCCAUGGCAGGAGAACGGGUGGCUGGUGGGACAGCACGCCUGCACUCUCCAGCGAGGUUUGUAGUGCUGCCUCGAUUUUUCCAGAUUCAUUCUGUCCCGCUAGCAGCGCUGAGGGGAAGAACAGAAAGCUGUCCCCAGGUCUUACAGUCCUGUCACGAAUGCAUAGGUCAUGUCCUCUGUCCUCACGCUGCCACUCCGGAGUCUGGUGGGUGUCAGCUCCUGCUCUGCUUGGCUGGAUGGUUUAUCCUAUGUGUGCCUAGGAAGGAAGAGGUUAAAAUGCCUGGAUUUCUUGACUCUGAUGCUGGGAGGGAAGGUGACCUGCAGAAUUGCUUUGCAAAGCAUAGUUCUGGUGUUGGGAAACUCCUGGGUGAGACCAAACUUGAAACGCGGCUAGAAUUCAAUCUUUCCAGCCCAAAUUUAAGCCCAGGCUUAAACAAGUUAUUUUCCCUGUCUCCGUGCCUCCCUCCACCCCAGGGCAGCUUGGCUCAGUCACGGCGUCCUUCCCACUCCAGCAUCCCACUGCAGAGCUGGCUGCAUCCUGAAGGUGCCACCUUUGGGGUGUCGCCAAGUGCCCAAGGUAACACUGAGUGACAAGAGGGCAAAGAGCAGUGGUUCAAAGGUAGGAGCACUCCUUUCCACCGGAUCCUCCUCAGCACGUCUCUGCCUUUCAUAGCCCUGGGGCUUGGCGAUAGUGGCUGGAAAUUGCAAAGCUUUGUUCUUCAUGCUUGGGCUGGCAAGACAGAGGGUGGCACAGGCUGGUGCUGCGGGGGGACAGUGCUGAGAGUGGGAGACAGAUGUAAGGAGUGCUGUAAGGUCUCCUGGGACAUGCCAGGGGCAGGGGGUUUUGGUGUGCCCAGGGGAAAUGUGCUGCACCGCCCUUCCCAUGGGUUCCUUGGCAUUAUGGGGCUGUUCAUAUGGUGGUUUGACAUUUUUGUUUCCUCACCGGUGCUUCCUCUAUGCUAAUCUGCUUCCACCUCCUCUGGGAGUGGCAGAGGUGGAGGCGAGGUGAGGGAGAAAGUCUCCUCACUCCAGUUGCUGAAGCCAGGCUGGCAGGAUGGAUCUAAUCCUGCUUCCUCCUGUUCCAGGGCUGGUCUUGCUGGGUUUGAGGGCAGGUGUGGUUGGUUCCUAAAGCCAGGAGCCUCUUCCCAGCCCCCCAGAAAGACCAAGGGUGAAGAGGAAGGAAGUGGUGUCUUUGCUCCAAAACAGCUUGCUCUGCUCACAGCUGCUGCAGCAUCCGGGGGAGGUUCCGCCAGCUGCUGCAAGAAAUUUUGAUAGUGCCAUCACCCAAGAGCACCCGCAGCUGGGAAACUUAGUGCUGAGACACCAGGCUUUUGGGUGACGUGGGAUGAGCGUGCCAGCUGAUGAGCCGGGCAACCCAGCCCAUGCCAUCUUUGAAAGAUUCCUGCGUGCAGGGGAAUGCCAGGAGGUGCUGGGCUGCUUUGGGGAGCUGUGCCAGCAGCUGGGGCUGCAGGGCAGUGGGCUGCAGCUCUACCACAGCCUCAAGGCUGCCCUCAACUACUGGAGUGCCAAGGCGCUGUGGAGCAAGCUGGAUAAGAAAGCUGGGCACAAGGUCUACGACCAGGGCAAGGCCUGUGCCAGCACCAAGUGCCUGGUGGUGGGAGCCGGCCCCUGCGGGCUGCGGGCGGCCAUCGAGCUGGCACUGCUGGGUGCCCGUGUGGUGCUGCUGGAGAAGCGGGACUCCUUCUCCCGCAACAAUGUCCUGCACCUCUGGCCCUUCACCAUCCAUGAUCUACGGGCACUGGGUGCCAAGAAGUUCUAUGGGCGCUUCUGCACCGGCACGCUGGAUCACAUCAGUAUCCGGCAGCUCCAGCUGAUCCUGCUGAAGGUGGCUUUGCUCCUGGGGGUGGAAGUGCACAUCAAUGUGAAGUUUGAGGGCCUUGUUCCCCCCACAGGCAGGGCAGGUGGCUGGCAGGCUGCGGUGCAGCCCAGUUCCUCUCCCCUCACCCACUACAAGUUCGACGUCCUCAUCUCAGCUGGCGGUGGCAAAUUUGUCCCUGAAGGGUUCAAGCGGAAGGAAACACGGGGGAAGCUGGCCAUCGGCAUCACCACCAACUUCAUCAACCGCCACAGCCGGGCUGAGGUGGAGGUGGCUGAGAUCAGCGGUGUGGCCCGAAUCUACAACCAGAAGUUCUUCCAGAACCUCUACAACAAAACAGACCUUUCCCCAUCCCCAGGCAUUGACCUGGAAAACAUUGUAUACUACAAGGAUGACACUCACUAUUUUGUCAUGACGGCCAAGAAGCAGAGCCUGCUCAAGAAGGGAGUCAUCCUCCAGGACAAAGCAGACAUCGAGAGCCUCCUGUCUCCAGAGAAUGUGAACCGGGAUGCCCUCCUCAGCUAUGCCAAAGAAGCUGCCAACUUCUCCACCAACUACCGCUUGCCUGAACUGGAGUUCGCCCUCAAUCACCGGGACCUGCCGGAUGUUGACAUGUUUGACUUCACCUGCAUGACGCGCUCGGAGAAUGCGGCACUGGUGUGGGAUUACAAUGGGGCUCGUCUGCUCCUAGGGCUGGUGGGCGACUGCUUGGUGGAGCCCUUCUGGCCACUGGGCACUGGGGUGGCAAGGGGAUUCCUCGCCGCCUUUGAUGCAGCAUGGAUGGUGCGGCGGUGGGCAGCUGGGACCCCUCCACUGGAGGUGCUGGCCGAGAGAGAGAGCAUCUACCAGCACCUCUCGCAGACCUCCCCAGACAACACCAACAAGAACAUCAGUCAGUACAGCAUCGACCCAGCCACACGCUACCCCAACAUCAACCUGCAGGCCAUCAAACCCAACCAGGUCCAGGACCUCUACCUUGCAGGCAUAGUGGAGGUGGACCACAAGAGGAAGAGUGACAACCAGCUCAUCACCGCAGCCUCUGGAGACGUCUAUGAAGAGCUGCUGAGCUGGUGCCAGGCCAGCACAGCUGGGUACCAUGGCGUGGCAGUGACCAACUUCACCACCUCCUGGACUAGUGGCUUGGCCCUCUGUGCCCUCAUCCACCGCUUCCGCCCUGACCUAGUGGACUUUGACUCUGUGGACACCCAGGAUGCCAUUCAGAUCCACCAGAUGAUGCUGGACACGGCAGAGCAGGAGCUGGGCAUCCAACCUGUCCUCUCCAGCAUUGAGAUGGCCACCAUGUCAGAGCCUGACCGCCUGGGCCUCAUCACCUACCUCAGCCAGUUCUAUGAAGCUUUCAAGAACUCACCAGAGGUAAGGGAGGUCAGCAAGAAACCACUGUCUCCCCACGGCACGCGAGGGGCCAUCCUCUUCCUCAGCAAGCUGCAGAAGAGCCGGAACCUGACACACAAGCGUGCCCAGGUAAGGGACCCCCACCCAGUUCCUCCUGACACACCGAAACCCUGUCCCCCUCCCCAUCCUAGACACCCCUUUCACAUUUGCAGGAAAGUGCCCAGAAGGAUGCUGAGGCAAAGAGGAGCCACAGAAACCCCGAGCUGGACACGGGGCUGGAUGGAGAAACUCUGGACAGUUCCCAUGAGCUGCUGCAAACCACCAUGUUGGACCCAGAGCAGCCUCCAAGAGAGAGGACAGGGAAGAACAGCGAUGCCUGCUACUUCUGUGGCUGCCGUGUCUACAUCCUGGAGCGAGCUAGCGCCGAGGGACGUUUCUUCCACCGUGGUUGCUUCCAGUGCCGGCGGUGCGGGGCCACCCUGCGCCUGGGCGACUACGCCUUUAACGAGGAGGAUGGAUGCUGUUGCUGCCACCAACCCACCCUUGGAUGCUGGGAGCCCAUGUGUGUCCCCCAGGGAGGGGGCGUCCGGUCUCGUACAACCCACUCCAGCAGCUCCACAGCGAGGGGAAGAGCCUGGCGCAGUGGAGGAUGCUACGGAUGCUGGUGAUGUGAAGGAGCAGGAGCUGCUGGCACAGCUCAGGGAGGAUGUGAGGGAGGAGGAGGGUCCUGGAGCAGAACCCCAGGGGGUGGCAGAGGAGAGUGAGGAGAGUGGGGGCAGGAGGAAGAUCAUCCUUACACCACUGGAGAAGCUCAAUCUGUCCACGCUGAACCUCACCAGUGAAGCAGAGCCUGAUCUUCCACCGAAGCCAGCUCGUCUGUGGCUCCAAGCAGUGCCUGAGGCCCUCCCUGCCCUGUGGCAGGGUCAAGACUCCUGGAAGGUGGAGGAGGAGGAGGAACUUGACAUGCAGAAAACUUUGGAGGAGAGUGACAGCGAGGAAGAGGAGAAAGAAGAGGAAGGCAUACAUCUUGGCAUCACGGCAGAGUUGUGCCCGAACCUGGGGGAAGAGGAUAUAUACCCCACCUGUGAGCAUACACUGGCCCGCCAGGCCAGGGAAGCCCACAUGAAGCGGUUCUGCAAAGCCCAGGCCAUCCAGAGACGGCUGGAGGAGAUUGAGGUGACAUUCCGGGAACUGGAGAAGGAAGGCAUCAAACUGGAGAAGUUACUCCGGGAUGAGAAUGGCAGCCCAGCCGACCAGCAGACACAGUGGACAAACCAGCUGCUGUACUUGGUCCAGAAGAAGAACAGUCUGAUGAUUGAGGAGUCGGACCUCAUGAUUGCGGUGCAGGAACUGAAGCUGGAGGAGCAGCAGUGGCAGCUUGACAAGAAGCUCCGGAGUUACAUGAACAGGGAGGAAACCCUAAAGACACCCGAGGAUUGCAAGGCUGAGCAGGAGACCUUGGCGCAGCUGUUGAAGGUGGUGAAUGAGCGCAACCUCCUCAUCCACAUCCAGGAGGAGAAGCGACUCAGUGAGCUGCGGGCCUGAUCUGCACAGCCCAUGGACCCACCAGAUCCUCCCCGGGGGGACAAGCAGUGUGUGUGUGUGUGUGUGUGUGUGUGUGUCUCCUGGUACAGGCAUCACUCUGAGCUUCCUCUGUGAUGGUGGUGAUGCCUGAGCUGCUUGCAAGCACCAGCAGCUGCCAUGGCAAAUCCAGCUUCCUGCUUGCCAAAGCCUGUCACAGAAGGGCCAGACCUGCUGGUGAAUGCCCACAUGGACAGACACUGAGAAGCACCCAGCUUUGGGGUGCAAAGCGGGCGUUCUCGCAUGUGGCUGGAUUGCCUUUGCCUUGUGCUUGCUUGAAAAUAAGAUUUGCAGGAGGCUCCAGAAGAGGGCUGCAGGGGUGCCCAGCAGCAAGGAGGUGACCGUAGCCACCACAGGCAGGUCACAGGGUAGAUGCCAAAUGUGCAGGGGCAGCAUCAGGACAGGUCCCUGGAAGCUACCGUGGGACAUCCCUUCCAGCUGAGGGCAUCCAUCCCAGCCUGGACUGUCCAUCUCUUCGAGGGACAUUUGCCUGUACAAGUGGGGGCCAGUGACAGAUUGGGGUGAUCCUGCCACUCUGCAUAGCUGCUUUUGCAUGCCAUGUCCACAGUGUCCCCAGCUGCCGCAGGAAACCAAGAUCACAACCCCACCAUGAGCCCCUUGGGGCAGGGAAGGGCAUUUUGUCCAGCAGCUCUGGAGGGGAUUGUGCCCAGGGCCUUCGUUCUUUGAUACCAAGUAUAAGGGAUGCCAGGGGCCAUGUCCUCCUUGCCCCUUUUGGGUUUCUUGGCAAUGCCUCAAUGACCUUUGCACAGACCUCAGACCCCCCCCGAGUCUCCAGAUGUUGCAGGGUGGCCUCUGUGGCUGAAUGGAUCUUGCAGCAGCCCCAGAUAUGUUGGGGACAGGGGUCCCAGGCAUGGGUUCUUCUGUUAGCAAUACCACCCUGUGUUCAGCCCUUAUCCUACCAUUCCCCUCAGUGUCUCCUCCAGCCCCCCCUUGUGUUUGUACCAGCCCUACCAUCCUGUUGCAACCCCCCUCCUUUCCAAUAAAGCCCCCUGACCCAGCA